AUGCUGUACGAGAGGUUCAACUAUCCGACGACGUUUCAAGCUAAGAGCACCGCGCUCCUCCGUCCUCCGACCUCGGCAUGGGAGUCUCGAGCCAAACGCCUUCAUUGCGAAGUUAGCGCGCUCAAAGGUCACUCCAACCGACUGGCGCUAGUCAAGCGAUGGAUGCUGCCUACCACCUACGACAUCCAGUUUCGGGUGCUCCAUGAGCUGAUGCACGUGAACAGCAAGCGUUUCUUUCUCCAAACCGGACGCCGCGACCCGACCACCUGCCCCAGACAAGAUUGCUACCAGCGCGAGAGUCUGGCCCGCUGCUUUCACCAACUCAGCAGGCGUGGUCUGCACUACGUCCAAUCUGGUCCCUGCUACUCCGUUGCACGCCCUCCUGGUUGGGCUUUCUCCUCGGAACCAGAGCUGCUUCACUCGAGCUGGGCAGCGCACCACGAACUGGCAUACGGCUUGUGGCUGAUACUCCGCGGCAUUUUCAUGCGAGCCACCUGGAUCAACCGAACCAACGACGCUUUCGGUCGGGAAGCUGCUAGCCCCAAGGUCAUUGCUGCCGGCGUCAAGUCCUCCUUCAUUGCCCAUUUGCGCUGA